AUGGCACCAUCGUUCUCUUCGCGCCUGCUAUGUAUCUAUCUCUUCCUCAUUCAACUCCUCGGCAUCCCCGCAAUCGCCAAUCCGUUAGCUUUGACGCCCCCCGCUAUUGCUCUGUUGGCCCGGAACCACGAAUUUCAAUUCCCUUCCGUAGACAUCAAGGUAUGGUACGGGAAAGACGCUACAGGAAAAGAAGCACGGCUGUAUUUCGGCGACAUAGGCUUUGGCCUUGAUGCACGGCAGCAACCCAAAGAAUUCAACCUGGGCAAUAACGAUGAAUCCUCGCUGCCCGGGGACUUGCAUGAACUCGGCCGUGCUACAUUUUGGGAACAAAGAGAGAAAAGGAAACUUGUUCCAACAAUACGAUUAUACUUUCGCGCUCUAAAGAACCUAAUAAACAUUGACCAUGAAGCACCGUAUUCAGGCUACCUCAAUGCCCUCAUGAUGCUUUUGGAAGAAGGGGCGGCGGAAUCAACAAACAUGUUCUCACUAGGUGUUGCGGGAGAGAAGUGGACAAAGGAGGUCUAUCCAGACUUGUCGAGGAGAGAACGCGAGCAUAAGGGAUAG